AUGAAGUUUAUCGGGGAGAAGAGGUAUGCCCUAUUAAUGGCAGUUAAGGACUCUGAUUACGUGAAGAAAGUGUAUGGUGGGUAUUUCAAUGUGUUUGUUAAGGCAUUCGGGGAGGAAGGAGAGAAGUGGGACUUGUUCAGGGUUGUGGAUGGAGAGUUUCCUGCCAUGGAUGAGCUUCACAAGUAUCAUGGAUUUGUGAUUAGUGGCAGCCCUCAUGAUGCUCAUGGAAAUGAACCAUGGGUCUUGAGUCUCUGCAUUUUGCUACAAACACUCUAUGCCAUGGAGAAGAACGUGCUUGGAAUAUGUUUUGGGCACAAGUACGUUUUGUGCCGAGCUUUGGGUGGUAAGAUAGGAAGGUCUCAUACUGGUUGGGACAUUGGGUUGAGGAAAGUCAAGCUGGCAGAGGACAAGUACCCAAGUACACUUGUUGGUGGCUUAAAGGAAGUCCCACCUUUUUUUCCCAACAUUGAGUGUCAUCAAGAUGAGGUAUGGGAGGUCCCAAUUGGAGCUGAGGUGAUUGCCUCCUCAGACAAGACAGGAGUAGAGAUGUUCACCCUUGGGAAGCACAUAAUGGGCAUUCAAGGUCAUCCUGAAUACACCAAAGACAUUUUAUAUAAUCUCAUUGAUCGUCUUGUCAGCAACAACUGUAUAGAGAAAGAGUUUGCUGAACACACAAAAUCAAGACUUGAGAUGGCUGAAACAGACGGGAAGAUUUGGGAGAAGAUCUGCAGGAACUUCCUCAAGGGCUGA